AUGGCAUUUCACGGCAAUGUGUCCUCCACGCAGGGCAGACGAACAUGGUACCACACCACUUUGUUCAAUGCCUUCGUUAUCGGUGGAGUGGGCUUCUUAGCCCCAGGCUUGUGGAAUGCGAUGAGCUCACUGGGUGCUGGAGGCGCGGAAUCGCCCUUUCUGAUCAACGCUGCGAACGCAUUGGUGUUUGGUCUGAUGGGCUUCCUGUGCAUCUUCGGCGCACCGAUCGCCAAUCGUAUCGGAUUGAAUUGGACGCUGUUGCUGGGAGCGGUUGGGUAUCCAAUUUACUCCGCGGCGUUGUAUACGAACAAUCGCUAUGGUAAUGUCUGGUUCGUGCUUGUUGGAUCGGUAGCUUGUGGAUUAUCAGCGGGUCUGUUCUGGGCUUCCGAGGGCGCGGUAGCACUUGGUUAUCCUGAGCCGGGCAAACGCGGCAAGUAUAUGAACAUCUGGCUGUGGUUUCGAACCGGUGGACCCUUGUUGGGCGGUGCUAUCGUUCUGGGGCUCAAUCAUACUCCUGGGGGUAAAGGCAAGGUUCAGCCAGAGGUAUAUCUUAUCUUUGUUGCGCUGCAGUGUCUGGCUGUUCCUGUCGCGUAUUUCCUCUCGCCGCCGGCAAAGGUUCAACGUAGCGAUGGGAGUCCAGUUAGGAUUAUCGCGCAAGGCUCUUGGCGCGCUGAGAUGUACGAACUCUGGAAGCUUUGUCGCCAGAAGCAAGUUCUCUUGCUGCUGCCCGUGUUUUGGGCCGCUUAUUUCAACCAAUAUAGUGGCAAUUUUGAGACCUACUACUUCAACGUUCGCGCUCGAGCUCUCAUGGGCUUUGUUAGCAAUUUUGCCAACUUGCUUUCUUCGGGGAUGAUCAGUCGAUUCCUCGAUUACAAAGGCCUCCCUGUCAAGAGCCGGAUCAUCUACAGUUUCUACUAUGUCAUCAUCGUCCACAUCGCUGCCUGGACCUACGGCUGGGUUGUGCAGGAACAAUUCACUGCGAACCCUCCCGUCCUAGACUGGACCAGCAAAGACUUUGUCAAGGGCUUCUUCGUCCUGAUUCUCUGGCAAUUCGCCCAGCAAGCUCUGCAGAACUUCCUGUACUACCUCGUCUCAACCAUGACCGACAAUAUCUCCGAGCUAUCGCGCUAUUCGGGUAUCCUUCGCGGCCAGGAGAGUUUCGCUCAAGCCGUAUCGUUUGGCCUCAACACCCGUGAUUGGUAUGGAGGACGCGUUCCUCUGUCUGUCAAUACGAUACUUUUGGGUCUCGCUGUGAUACCCACCUGGCUGGUAGUCAAAGACCACACUCCGAUUGAGCAUAAUAAGGAUGAAAUUACCCAGUCUAGGGUGGAGGACGAGGAAAGAGUGUCUGGGUUGGGGUCUCUUGGGGGUGAAGAACAGGAUGGAUUUGUGGUGAGGGAAACAGCCGCGACGAAGAUGGCCUGA